AUGCAAUUUAAGUAGAUCUGAAUUUGAUAAUGUAGGUAUAAGCUGGGUUAAUUUAAAUGGAGCAUUAUUAAUUAAUUGCCAAUGGUGAACAUCAAAACACAUGAAUUGAAUUAAUUGGAUGGUCUUAGUGGAACUGUUCAAUCUUAAUGCUUCUAGCUCGAUUGUACUACAUUUGCAUCAGGUGAUAAGUCUAUUCGGUAAAGGGAUUUUUAGACAGGAUAAACAAAAGCAAAAUUCGAAGGUUAUAAUGGAAGAGUUCUCCCAGCUUGUUUUUCUCCUGAUGGGAAUAUACUAGCAUCAGGUAGUGAUGAUAAGUCUAU